UAUCGUAAACCAUCGUAAACCAAAUUAUUGAAAUCUCGGUUUGGUAUUUUAAAAUUAUUUAUUUCACGAACGUAAUCAAUAAAUAUCAUCCAAGAUGAGUAAAGUACCGCUUCGAGAUAUUUCGCCUCUUAUGCAGGCCUUAAGAAAUUUCCUGCUAGGUAGAAAACAUACCAAUGCUUUGCGUUUCGAGCCCUUGGUAUCAAAGAGGACACAGCCACCGCCACAGAUUCCAGAUGGAGUCACUCACAAACACGCUCACAACUACUACUACACGCGGGAUGUCCGCAGAGAGGUGGCUCCCCCCGCCGACGUCACCAAGCUGCUGCUGGAACCCAGCUCCGACAAGGGAGAGCCAAAGCAGGCAGCAAAUGUUGUACCUACCCCCGGCAAGCUCUACCAUUGGGACAAACAUUACUAAACCAUCUCUACACAACCCACAAUCAGCAUUAGACAAAAUAAAUGUAAACUAUUACUGAAGCUAACAUCAUAAAUAGAAGUGAAUUAAAACUGAAGAAACCUUA